CCUAUAACUUAACAAGAUUUACUGCCAAAUUUGAUCCCAUUGUUCCGACUAUGUCAAAGAUUAUCAGUUCAUUGCUUUUGUGGCUUCCGUUUUUGUUGCUUAUCACUUCGGCCGUUGAAUCUCAAGCUGAUGCGCAGAAACCUCCACUAAAUAGACUAUUUCUUGGAGCCAUACCGAAGAAAGUGAGAUGCACAUCUCCUUUGUACCCAAAAUGUUUCAAUUUGUGGCACUUUUGUCCUGCUGCAUGUUCAACAAACUGCUAUGUGGAUUGUGUUUCCUGCAAACCAAUUUGCAAUUGUAAUGUACCCGGAGCAGUGUGUCAAGACCCACGGUUCGUGGGAGGAGAUGGUCUAACAUUCUACUUUCACGGACAAAAAAAUCAAGAUUUCUGCCUAGUAUCCGACCCAAGUCUCCAUAUCAACGGUCACUUCAUUGGAAAAAGAAACCAAAAACUUACCCGCGACUUCACAUGGGUCCAAUCAGUAGGAAUCAUGUUUGACAAUCACAAACUCCUUGUUGGAGCCAAGAAAACAUCAAUAUGGGAUGACAACGAAGAACAUCUCUACAUAUCGUUCGAUGAUACACCACUAUCCCUUGAUGGGAAAAACUGGACUUAUCAAAAUUCAUCUUUACUCAUCACUAGAACAAGCCCAACUAAUGGUAUAGCCAUUGAAGUGCAAAAUAGCUUCAAGAUUACAGCCGCAGUGGUCCCCAUUGGUGAAGAUGAAUCUAAGAUACAUGGUUAUGAUAUCACAAAGGAUGAUUGUUUUGCACAUUUGGAGUUGGGUUUUAAGUUUUAUAACUUAAGUGAUGUAGUAGAUGGAGUUUUAGGACAAACUUAUAAAACAGACUAUGUGAGUAAGAUCAACGUUAGGGCGAAAAUGCCGGUAAUGGGUAACGUACCUAAAUACUCAACGUCUCAUAUAUUUGCUACUGACUGCGCCGUCUCGCGGUUUAGUCGCAAGGACGAGCCUCGGGUGAUGGGAUCUGGUAAGGUGUUCUAGUUCUUGUGCAGUGAACUUGGUGCUUGUACUAAAUGUAAUGGACCAAAAUAAAUAAAACCUUGAAUUCUAUGUGA